CGGACAUCCGGCCGAAUCCAAACGGCCGACGGCUAUAUAGGCCGACAGUCAGAUAGCCGAAACUAUUUUAGCCGACAAGGUCAAAAGGCCGACACUACGAAAAGCCGACACUAAAAUAAAUUAAGUAUAAGCUAUACAUUUUCAAUUCGAUAACGUAGUGUUGUCUUUUGUUGUAAUAAUGUUAUCGAUAACUUAUCGAAAUUUAACGAUACCUAAUACCUAUAGCCUGUAAUCUACAGUGGGUAUUGCUAUUGCAUGUUCAUAAAUACUGUUUCAGUUGAUUCGUAACCACGCCGCGUCUUUGCAUUCAUUUUUGUGUCGUUGUUUAAUUUAAUUUAUGUAUUUGCAUUAAAUAAUUAUGGAAUAUAAAAUUGAAAUUUUUGGUACAAAAUUAUUAAUUGACAAUUUUAUCAUGAUUAAAAACAAAAACCGUAACAAUAAAUAUUAUUGGGAAUGUGAAAAGAGGAAACAUACUAAACGGCAUAAUAGUAAUAAUGAAUAUUGUAAUGCAAGAGCAGUAACAAUUCUUGUUGAUGGUAAUCAUAUUGUUAAAGAUAAUUCUUUUUUAAAUCACAACCAUGGGCCUGACCCAUGCCGAUUGUUGGUAAAGAAAAACAUAAAAUAUAUUGUUUCAAAAGCUCUGUCUUCGAGAGAUAAACCUUCGCAAAUAAUACAGGAAGCAACGAGUCGCAUCCCCGUCAAUUCUCAGCCAUACAUGCCAUCAGUUGAAGCAACGCGAAAAAUUAUUUCACGGUGUAGAAAACAUCAGAAUCCACCAGAACCAACAAGUCUUUCACAAAUAGAUAUUCCUCUUAACUUAUGUAAGUCUUUUAAUGGUCAAACAUUUUUACUAAAAGAAAGUACUAUUGAGAGUCACAAAAUAUAUAUUUUUUCUACUAAAGAUGAAAUAUCAAAACUUGUCAAUGCCAAUUAUUGGGUUAUGGAUGGUACAUUUAAAACUGUGCCAAGUAUAUUUUUACAAAUGUACACCAUACAUGCACCUGUUGGUGGAAAUAAUUCUAGAAUUUUGCCAUUAGUAUAUGUUUUAAUGACCAGUAAACAACAAUGUUGUUACGAACGUUUAUUCGAAGACCUAAUAUCAAUUUGUGAUGAUUUCGGUUUCGAUGUUUCACCAAAAUGUAUUAUAACAGAUUUCGAAAAAGCUGCAAUUAAUGCAGCUAAUAAAGUAUUUCCAGAAUGCCAACAAAAAGGGUGUUUUUUUCAUUUAGGCCAAAAUAUUUGGCGAAAAAUCCAGUCUAGUGGAUUGGCUACUAAAUAUGGAGAAAAUGAAGAAUUUAGUUUACAACUUCGAUGUAUGUGGUCACUUGCAUUUUUACACCCAUCAGAUAUACCUAAUGCUUUUGAUCAAUUGAAAGAUUCAUUACCCUAUGACAUUCAAAAUUACUUUGAAGAAAAUUACGUGCAUGGAAAAGUACGAAGGAAAUUUAGAAAUGGAAUAGUAUCUCGAUAUGAGCCAUUGUUUCCACCAUCAUUUUGGUCAAUACAUUUCAAUCAUGAAAACAAUAUUCCAAGGACACAAAACAAAGUCGAAGCAUGGCACAAAAGAUGGAAAGUAUUAGUAGGAGCUGAUCACGUUGGGGUGUAUCGUAUAAUUGAGGAAAUGAGAAAAGAGCAACAACACGUUGUGGGGCAAAUUCAAAUUAUUUUAUCCGGACAAGCAAGGCCAAAACAAAGUUCAAAGUACGUAAAACGUCAAAACCAAAUUCAAACUAUUCUAAAUGAUAAAGAAAACAGAACAACCCUCGAGACAAUAAGAGGUAUUGCAUACAAUUUGCACUAUUAAUUUUUAUUUAUUAACAUUUAACUAUAUAACAUAAUUAUCAAUUAUAAUUUUAUAAACUAUUAGUAUUUUUUAUUUUUUAUGUAUAAAUAUCAAAUUUUUUAAUUUUUAAAACAUAUUAGGAAUAUAAAAUGUACUCAAUAAUAAUUUAUUAGUAUUUUUUAUUUUUAUGUAUAAAUAUCAAAUUUUUUAAUUUUUAAAACAUAUUAGGAAUAUAAAAUGUACUUAUAAUUAUUAACAAUACACUAAAUUUUAUUUUUAAGAAUAAGUAUCACCUAUAUAUAUAUAUCUGUGUGUGUGCAUAAUUUACCUAUCUCAACAUAAAAUUACUUAAUCGGCCAUUUAAUAUGUCGGCCUAAUGCGUGUCGGCCUAUAAAUUUGUCGGCCAUUUAGUAUGUCGGCCUAUUGCGUGUCAGCCAAAUGUCUGUCGACCAAAUGUCUGUCGGCC